GCCAGCCAGAGCGAGGCCGCCCGCCAGGGCAGCGGUCCGCGGUCCAUGAGCAGCAAUCAUGAUGGGCUUUAUAGAGCCAGAGCAAGCAGAGCAAGCGCCGGCGGCGAUAUCUAUGGAGCAGGAGCCAGCGGUGGCGGCGGAGGGCGAGGCGGCGCCGCGGGAAGAAGAAGUCAUGCCGGAGGGGACGGCGGAAGCAGAGACCGGCGGCGUCGUGCUCGGAGAGGGCCCGGCGCUCACGAACAAGACGCUGCGAAAACGGGUGGCGCGCUGGUGCGGCGGCGACCGCGAGGGCCUGCCACACAUUUCGACCUGGAAUACGAGCCGGGUCUCUGACAUGAGCAAGCUCUUCGAGAAUCAGCGGGCCUUCAACGACGACAUCGGUACGUGGGACACCUCCGGCGUCACGUCGAUGAAGUGGAUGUUCAUGGGCGCCUCGUCGUUCAAUCAACCGAUCGGCAACUGGCGGGUCGACAAGGUCACGAAUAUGAGCUCGAUGUUCCACGGCGCCAAGUCGUUCAACCAGCCGCUGAACGACUGGCGGGUCGACAACGUCACGACUAUGCACUGCAUGUUCCUCUGCGCCAGGUCGUUCAACCAGCCGCUGAACGACUGGCGGGUCGACAACGUCACGAGUAUGGGCUCGAUGUUCUACAGCGCCUCGGCGUUCAACCAGCCGCUCGGCGACUGGCAACUUAGGCCAGACUGCGAUACUUGCAACAUGUUUGGCCACCCAGACUACAAUAUAUGCACGACCUUCCAGAACAGCCGCCCAGUGAAGAAGACGCGCAACAUGUUUGGCGGCACGACCUUCCAGAACAGCCGCCCAGUGAAGAAGACGUCCCGGGAGACGUGCUGCGCCAUCUCGUAAACUCGCUCGCUUCCGCCUGGGGAUUCGUAACAACGAUUACUAGUAAACUACACAAGUAC